GGCUCACGGAGGACGACGAGAGGAAUCUACAAGCCGACAAGAUGAGAUCCAAGGCGAGGGCGAGAAAACUGGCUAAAAAUGACAGUGAGCCAGUUGACAGCAUGUACGACGCAGAAGCCGACCUCCCGGGUUUAGCAGCUGGCAGUGCUGAUAGCCCAGAAGAAGACGCAGAAGACGGCAUCAUCAACAUGUCACCUCUGCCCUCCCCGACUCCUUUGCAUCAAAACAACCAUCACCACCACCUGCUGCACCCCCACAUCUACACGUCACACCAUCUCCACAACAACAACAGCAGCAGCAACGACCAGGACUUCACCACACCUAAGGAGGGCUCGCCCUACGAGGCGCCCGUCUACAUUCCCGAUGACAUUCCCAUUCCCGCUGAGCUGGAGCUGCGGGAGUCCUCUGUGCCCGGCGCAGGCCUGGGUAUAUGGGCCAAGGCUCGCAUUUGUGCCGGUGAAAGGUUUGGCCUGCACAGCACAAAGCAUCAUGGGUCCACGGGCAAAGACAGCUCCUUUGGAUGGGAGCAGAUGAUAAACGACCAUGAAGAUGACUCCCCAGACAGCUGCAUCAAAAAGGUGGUGGACGACAUGGGCAAUGUCAAGUUUGCGUUGGACACUGGCCCAGACGCGACCAGCAACAGCUGGCUCAAGUACGUCCGCUCAGCGCCGUCGUUUGAGGAGCAGAACCUCACCGCCUGUCACCUCACAGGAGACCAGAUUUAUUAUAAAGCUGUUCGGGAUAUUGAAGCAGGGGAGGAGCUCCUGGUGUAUAUGAAGGACGGGAUUUUCCCCGAGGGAUCCAUGGCACCCAACCUACAAGACGAGCAAAUGUACCGCUGUGAAGACUGCGAUGAGCUGUUCUCCUCAACCCUUGAGUUGCGACGGCAUCAGAAGUACUCCUGCUCGAGUGCAGGAUCCAUCUUUGAUGCGCUGAGAGAGGACUUCAAACAGGAGCGGGAGGACAGCGAUGAGCCCAUCCACGAGUGCAAGGACUGCGAAAAGAUCUUCCCAAACGAGUACAGUCUGGGGCAACACAUGAUAGUCCACACAGAGGAGAGGGAGUACAAGUGUGACCAGUGUCCCAAAGCCUUCAACUGGAAAUCGAACCUCAUCCGCCACCAGAUGUCUCAUGACAGUGGCAAGCGCUUUGAGUGUGAAAACUGUGAUAAGGUACAGCAUACCCGGCACGUGUUCACAGAUCCCAGUAACCUUCAGCGGCACAUCCGCUCCCAGCACGUGGGAGCGCGGGCUCACACGUGUCCUGAAUGUGGCAAGACCUUUGCCACCUCGUCAGGACUCAAACAGCAUAAGCACAUCCACAGCAGUGUCAAACCUUUUAUCUGCCCUGAUGGGCUACGUCUUUUUGCGUCCCCAGGUGAGGUGUGCCACAAAUCCUACACCCAGUUCUCCAACCUCUGCCGUCACAAGAGAAUGCAUGCUGACUGUCGUACCCAGAUCAAGUGUAAGGACUGUGGGCAGUUAUUCAGCACUACCUCCUCCCUCAACAAGCAUCGGCGCUUUUGCGAGGGCAAAAAUCAUUACGGCACUCCAGCUGGGAUGUUCACCCCUGGAAUUGCCAUGAGCUCUAGCCCCAUCAUGGCUAAAGCCAAGUCCCACCAUCCCCACCUAUCUGGACUGAACCAGUCAGGUUUAGGCUUCACUGACUACUUUCCCUCGAGACCUCACCCUCAUGCCGGCUUGCCCUUCUCCACAGGACCUCAUGGCUUCCCGUCCCUCCCACAUGGGUUCCCAGGUAUCUUUCCCCCUACGCUUUAUCCACGGCCACCUUUAUUACCUCCCAGUCCUUUAUUAAAGAGCCCACUAGCAGGCAGCAGUCAGGAGGUUAAGCUCCCUCGGAGCCCCUUAGAUGCCCCACCAUUGUCACUUGUCAACUCCACAAACAGCAACGGCAUUAGUGGUUUGAGUCCACUGGAAGACAAGGAAAAGGACAGUAAGUUUGAUUUGUCUUCUAGUGGAGAAACUAAACCUAAAUCUAAACUGGCAGACAUGUCGGAUGGAAGUGACCUUGAAGAUGUUAAUACCACAAGUGGAACAGAUUUGGACACCACCACUGGUACUGUUUCAGGUGACGGUUCUGACCUGGAGAGCGAAGGUGAUAGUGAACGUGAGAGGAGUGGUAAAAGGAGGAAGCCGUCUGGCACUGUGUCGAGUCAAGAUGGAAACCAGCUAGAGGACUCAAGUAGCGCAUUGAUAUCAGCAGUGUCUAGUUCAGGAACACUUUCUAUAGAUCGCCCUUUUCAUCCUGCUUCAUCCCAGCACUCCUUCUUUCCUCCACCCGAUGAGCAAGCCCUGCCUCCUACAACCACAAAUGCAAAUGCAGUCACCACCGAUUCCAUUAAAGCAAUUGCUAACAUUGCUGAGAAAUAUUUCGGUCCUGCUUUGAUGGGACUUCAUCAGGAGAAAAAGAUGGGUCCACUGCCCUACCAUUCCAUGUUUCCCUUUCAGUUUCUACCCAACUUCCACAACUCCCUUUACCCUUUCGGCGCUGAUCGAGGCACUCUCAAUCCUAGCAUAUUCCUGAAGGCAGAGCCCAAAUCCCCUCGUGAACAGCUGCACAAGAUGGUUUCAAGUUCCCCCACAGCUCCUGCUCCCACCACAGAGUCACCUUUUGAUCUCACAACGAAACCCAAGGAGGUCAAGUUAACUCCUCCCGCUCCAACAAACCCAUCCAACCCAAGCAGCACUGGGAACAGCAGUGGUCCUGUAGUGAUAUCUAACAAUGAAGAGCAGCCACUGGACCUCAGCAUUGGCAGCAGAAAUCGAAGUGGUCACAACGGCCUGCCAGUUGAGCCCCAAAAUCGAAAGAAUCAUAUCUUUGGCACCGGCAAGGUGAUCUCCCAUAAAGACGAAACCUCGGUGGGAUUCCUUCAUCCUCACUCGCAGUCAUUGCACCAACCCUCCAUAACCCAGCACCAGCAGCCGCAGGCACAGCCGCAUCAGCCUCCGCCACUGCACUAUGCCAAGCCCUCCGCAUUCUUCAUGGAUCCCAUCUACAGCAGGGUGGAGAAGAGGAAGCUACUUGAUCCGGUUGGAGCUCUGAAGGAGAAGAUCCUGAGGCCCUCCCCACCACUCUUCCAUCCACAGAUGUCAGCCAUGGAAAAUAUGACAGAGAAGCUGGAGAGUUUUGGUGCCCUAAAACUGGACAUGCCGCCCAAUACGCUGCAACACCCAACCCAUCCACUGUUCAAUUUCCGCUCACCACCACCUUCCCUCUCAGAAGCAAUCCUUCGAAAGGGCAAGGAACGUUAUGCUUGCAGGUACUGUGGGAAGAUUUUCCCCCGCUCAGCAAACCUCACCAGGCACUUGCGGACACACACAGGGGAGCAGCCCUACAGGUGUAAAUACUGUGACCGCUCAUUCAGCAUCUCCUCGAACCUUCAGCGUCACGUCCGCAACAUCCACAACAAGGAAAAACCCUUCAAGUGUCACCUGUGCAACCGCUGCUUCGGUCAGCAAACCAACCUCGACCGCCAUCUCAAGAAGCACGAGCACGAGAACAUUCCUGUCAGCCAGCAGUCCGGGAUGCUUUCCAACCUAGGAACCACCAUCUCCUCUCCAAACUCCGAGCCAGACAAUCACGCACUUUUAGACGAGAAGGAGGACUCGUACUUCUCUGAAAUUCGCAACUUUAUUUCCAACAGUGAGAUGAACCAGGCCUCCAGCUCCACAGAUAAGAGGUCAGAGCAGCCCGAAGAGGAGCGCCCGCCCAGCCACAGUUUGUCCAACUCCAAACUAGGGUUGCAAGGGCUGGAGGAAGAGGAAGAGGAGGUGGAAGGGGACGACGAGGAGGAGGAAGAAGGCAGCCUGACGGAGAAGUCGCACGACGAGGCGCCGGAGUCCCCAUCUCCAGUCACGACGGGAGUCUACGAGGAGGACGAGGAAGAGGAAGACACGGAGACGGCUCCGUUAGCUAUGAGCUAUGAACACACUCGCAGGUGUAUAGAGGAGGAGGGCUCUCUCUUGGAUCUGGAGGGUCUGCCCAGCUUCCCUAAGAGCCUGGACGGUUUACGUAAAGCAGCCAUUGAUGAGCAGUCCUUUGACGUUAAAGACAUAUUUAACACUUCACUAGAGUCUGAAGCAUUGAAAGAAACAUUGUACAGGCAGGCUAAAACCCAGGCUUAUGCAAUGAUGCUGUCUCUCUCGGAGAACAACCCUUUGCACGCACCCUCUCAGAACUCUCUGGACGCUUGGCUGAGCAUGGGAGGCGGACCGUCUGAGACGAGCAGCUUUCACCCACUCAACCAUAUCUAGGCAAAGAGAGGCCGGGGAAAGACGGAAGGAAAAGUAGGGGGAACAUUUAGUCUCACAAACAGACAGAAACAAGAGACCGGCUGGACAUCGGGAAGACGAGAAAGGCCGUGAAGGAUUUCAUUGUCACACACAUUCAAGGCAGAGCGGACGAGUUUGCGCGGCUACGCCUGUGUUCACAUGUUAUGUGUUUGUGCGAGUACGACGGAGGAGGAGAGUGGGUUGGGGGGACGUGUCCCCCUGUGAGGCGUCCUGCAAGACUGUCGAAGAGAAAGCACUGCGAAGCUCCUGUUGAUGUGAAGGACAUGAUGAAUGCUUCUCCAGAGCAUUGAAACUCUGCGUCACUCUGAUCCUCCCCCCAGUGCACAAUGCUCCCAGCAGCAUCACAGUCACCCUGUAAAACGGCUCCCUAAAAGACACUUACUGAACUGAUAAUGUCUCUAAAGUCUGUGCACAAUGCCCGACGCAAGCAUUGCAGCACUGGCACUGCAUGUCCACCAGGUGGCACUGUUUCAGCAGAAAUAGAGGACUCGUGAGUGAUUCUCUCCAGGUUUGUUUGUUUUUUCCCUCCACCAGUCAUGGCGACUAUUUUUAUUUUUUAUUUUUUUUUACAUUUUUAUUUAAUUUCAGAAUCAAAAGCACCAGACAAAAUAAACGAAUCCUCAGAACCAGUAGACUGUUGAUUUUUCACUGAUUACAUGGAGAAUGAUGUCCAACGUUCAAAUGUGAUGAUGUAAUGAGCUAUGUGGGCCAAUAACUAUUAAAUUGGCUACUAAAUUUGUUCAUGUUGAAAUUUAAAUUAUACUAAAAAAAAGAGUGUGUUUUUCUGUUUUGUUUAUUGCAUCAUCAAUUAAAUGUAUUUACUUUCUUUACUAUAGAUACCACAGUAUUGCUUCUUUUUAGGCACAAGAGUACUCAACUAUUAAUUUAAUUACUUUUAGAGAAGGACCAAAUUUCCUGUCACAUGAUGUAAAAAUGAUAAUAGCCUAGACGUUCAUAUUCAGAGUGGUAUGUGCCAAAUAACCGCUAGAAGUCUUUUUCUUUUCUUUGACAAUCAUUUCAUUUCCAAGAGGCCUCACAUUUGCUGUCACGUUUCUUUUUCCCUAAUAACAUUAUAUGUUUAAUUUCAGAAGUGUGUGCAUGUAUUUAUUUCUAUGUUGUUUUGUUGAGACUCAAGAAGAGAAAAUGAAGAAACAGAAAAGGUCUUUUCAUCCCUGUUUUUCUUGAAGAAGGAAAAAGGAUCGCCUGUCAAAGCACAGGGGGAGAUUCUGAAUCUCUGGUUUUGACGGAUUAGUGUGCCAAAAUUAAAAGACCCCACGAGUUAAUUAGUUGUUUUUUUUUAUUGUUAUUAUUUAUAGUUAAAUGCAAGUGUAGUUAGUUUUAGAGUCCUGUUUGGCAUUGGAACAUAGUGGGCAGGUUAACCCUGGUUUUCCUUUUACUGUUUCACUUUAACAGUUAACUCAAUAUGCUGUUUUCUUUCCCUCUCUGCCUAGUGGCAUAAUUGUACAAAUAUCAUUUUGAAUGUCAGUUAAAGGGCAUUACGUUAUCAUUACUGAAUCUGGAUUUCUUCCACCGUCGGCUCAUGUUAUAUUAAUUUUUUUUCUUUUUGGCAUGCAUCGCUUGUAGCUUAGCCUGCAAGUUGUCAUCUUAAAAUGAUUUUGUCUCAGGUUAAAUGUCUGGUCGGAAAUUCUCACAGCAUCCAGUCAAAACGGCGUGAAGGUGACAGUGUCACUGAUUAUAUAUGAAGAGAUUUGACUCGUGAUUGUUAAAGAGCAGAGUGGUCAUCCUGAAAUUUGUUGGUCAGACUUGUUAGACUCCAUAUAAAUUGCUUUGAGACCCCCAUUCUGUUAAGUCUGCGAAGACGGCUGUGUCAUAGACAGCAGAAAACAUUAACAGUCGGUACUUGAAGGCAGCUGGGUUUUAGCCUUAUGGAUCACUUUUCAUCCCUUCUAGACUUUCAUAAUCAGGCCUGAUGCUGUUUUUUUCUCUCUUUUUUUUUUUUUUUUUACAAGCACUUAAAGCAACUGGGACCAGACCGUCAACUGGAUAUAGUUUGGUCUUUUGGUUAAACUUAGAUUCCAGAUCAAUUUUUUUUAAAGCUGAUUUGACUUUCAAUAGAUGAGCCAGCUGGACUCAACAAGGAGAGAUGAGAAUAAAACUAAAGCACUGUAAUUUUUAUUCACAACAGCAGGUGGUAGUGUGAUGCUAGGACUGCUGCGUCAUCUCAUUUUCUUAAGACUAAAGUCUCUUUUAUAUAUACAUAUAUAUAAUUCUACUGAAUGAAAUUCCAUUCAUUGUAAACACAUUAUUUUUCAAUUUGUGCUUAGAAAAUGUAAAGACUUGGGUCACUAAGGUUUUUGGUUGACUAUGUGUAGUUAUUCAUGUCAUGGACUACUGUAAUAAUCACGCGCUGUGCGAAGCAACUGAAUUGAAAGCGUUGAAGUAUUCCAUUUUGGCAACUUCACAAAAUGUUCUGGUCACUGAAAAUUUUCUCUUUUUUUCAGCGUAAUAAAACAUGGUUGCUCUUUGCCCAACUGUUACAGAAGAAAGUCAAAAAAAAAAUACACGGUUUCUUUUUAACUGUAUAGUAUUUUAAAGAAUGAAAAACAAUGGUGCAUUUGUCUGAAGAAGAAAAAAAAAACCUUUGAAAAAUAUGGGUUUUAAUGGAUGGUGCUUGUUUUGUUUAAAAUCUGAGUUGUAUAUCGCCUCUGUUAUGUUUAUUGAAAACAAAUGAAAAAAAAAAGUUAUCGUGCAUGACGUGUUUAGCAGUCAUAAUGAUGUCCAUUUGUGAAAUGUGUAUCAAUUCAAAAACAGAAAAAAAAAGUAAGAGAAAAAAAAAAUUGUAGAUGCACUUAUUGUAAAUGUGUUUAGGUUAGUAGGUUUGACUUCAAGUUCUGACUGCCUGGCAGAUGUGUGGGCAGGUUCUGAAAGACAUAGAAACGACUCACGGGAGAAGACCUAAUGAAAAACAAUAAAGGAUUGUAGAAUAAUAUUGAACAAUUCUGGAAUUGCAGUUCUUUUGAUGCUUGUGAUUAUUGCAGAUGUACUUUAGAGAAAUUUCAUUGAAAAGAUAUGACUCUGAUGUUAAUUCUGUAGAAUAGCAAUGUAUACCAAAUGUAAUCUUUCCAAUGCUAUGAAGAAUUUAUACAUGAAAUUGAUAUGCAAUAAAACCUGUGUGCUUUUUA